AUGUCGAACCAGGCGGUCGGAACCGUCUACCAGACCAUCAUCGAUGAAGUCAUCAACAGUUCGCGGGUGGACUUUGAAGAGAGCGGCGUGGAGGAGAAUGUUCUAGAGGAGCUGCGUCAGGGAUGGCAACAAAAGCUUUCUCAGCUCGACGUGGCUCGGUUCCCUUGGGAUCCGAAGCCUGAGCCACCACCACCUGCUCCAGCACCCGCAGCUCAACCACAGCCCGCUCCCCAGAGCAACACGACCCAGGCGCAGUUCUCACCAAUCAUAUCAUUGCCCAAUGCUACAGGUGCCCCCGGAGCUACAGGGCCAAACGGCAUCAAGUCUGAGCCCGGCAUCGUUAAGCAGGAGGCGAACAUCAAGCAAGAACCCGGCACGGCAACAGCCAUGCCAGCCUUGCCCAACUACAACGGUCUAGAUAAAUCCAGCGUUGCGGCUAGCAGAGCUGCCCAGCAGCUCCAGCUUCAGUAUGGCAUGCGGGCUGCGGGCUCCAUCAAUGCUAUCCAAGGUCAGCAACAGCAACAGCCUCAGCAGCAGCAGCAACAACAACAAGGCCAACAGCCCGGUGCCGGCCAAUCAAGUAUCUCCAACGGUCAGACCGAUGGUCCUGGUGAUGUUGACGAGGAUUAUGAAGGUAUUCUGAUGCAGCGAAAUGCCGAAGGCACUCUCAACGAGCUCGGCCGCGUCGAAAUCGACCGCAUGCUUCACUCCCAAAUUGCAGCUAGGGCAAAGUCCAUGGAAGGCGGCGGCCUCAUGCUUCCUCUGAAAGAAGCAACCAAACACACUGCUACGUCUGCUUCAAGGAAAAGAAGGGGGAUUGUAGGGUACGACGGAGGAGACGACGACGACGACAUUGACGACGAAGACGCCAUCAACUCCGAUCUCGAUGAUCCUGAGGAUGAGCAUGAUGACGAUGAAGUGGAUGACGAGGGACUGGGUCACAUUAUGCUAUGCAUGUAUGACAAGGUCCAACGAGUCAAGAACAAGUGGAAAUGCACUCUGAAAGACGGGGUGCUCACUGUCAAUGGCAAGGAAUACGUCUUCCACAAAGCAACUGGCGAGUAUGAGUGGUAG